GGAAGAUAUAAAUAUAUUUAAAAAUGUAUAAUUUAUAUAAAUUCACACAAGCUAACGUACUCGUUUAAAAUGUGUGCAGGUGUUCUUGAGCCUCGCAUUCUGAGUGUGGAGAGAGAUGGAGGAAUCGUAUACUCUUGGAGAGGAGCAACAGGAACUACAAGAAUUGGAAAGUACGAUCGUCACAGUGCAGAGAAUAAGCUCCUCUACACUUUUGAAAAGCAAGAGUGUGUCACCAGCUGCUCUUUAAAUAAAGAAGAAACACUCCUAGCGGUCAGUCUAUCUCAGUCCACACGGAGAAGGCAGCUUUAA